GCUGGCAGUCAGGCUGCUCAGAGCACAUGGGGGAGAGGCAGAGGCACCUGUCAGGGACGCAGCUCAGACAGUCAGAGCGCAGGAAGGAGACGCAGGAGAGAGAAUGGAGCAGAGUUGGGGGGUGGGGGCAGCAGUUUCAGGAGGGAGGUAGUUACUGACUAUUGCCCCAGGCUCACUGCCGUUACUACAGCACAGGGAACUUAGUGGGGUGCUGACAGAGUGACAGUUGGGGGCUGCACUGGGGGUGACAGAACUGGGCAGGGGGUCUGUAGGGAUCGGGGGGCAGAAAUGGAUUCUCUCAAGUCCCUCAGUAACAUCAGUGCCCUCCAUGAACUGCUCUGUCGCUAUAGCAACCUCUCGGGCACCCUGGCAUGGAACCUGUCCGGCACCCACAACCUGAGCGCUGCCAACUGGCCCCCCUGGAACCUCAGCUGCGCCCUAUUGGAUCGCAAGAAGCCCAGUCCCUCAGAGCUGAACCUGUGGGUGCGGAUCGUACUUUACAGCGUCAUCUUCCUGCUCAGCGUAUUCGGUAACGCUCUGAUCAUCGCGGUGUUAGUGCUCAACAAGCGGCUCCGCACCAUCACUAACUCCUUCCUGCUCUCCCUGGCGCUCAGCGACCUCAUGGUGUCCCUGCUCUGCAUGCCCUUCACCCUCAUCCCCAACCUCAUGGAGAACUUCAUCUUCGGGGAGCUCAUAUGUCGGGCGGCCGCCUACUUCAUGGGCCUCUCUGUCAGCGUCUCGACCUUCAACCUGGUGGCCAUCUCCAUCGAGCGCUACAGCGCCAUCUGUAACCCACUGAAGUCCCGCGUGUGGCAGACCCGAUCCCACGCCUACCGGGUCAUAGCGGCCACUUGGGUUCUGUCCAGCGCCCUGAUGGUCCCGUACCUCGUGUACAACAGAACCGUGACGUUUCCCAUGAAGGACCGGAGAGUCGGGUACCAGUGCCGCCUGGUGUGGCCCAGUAAGCAGGUGCAACAGGCAUGGUACGUCCUCCUCCUUACCAUUCUCUUCUUCAUACCUGGGGUGGUGAUGAUCGUGGCCUAUGGACUCAUCUCCCGCGAGCUGUACAGGGGCAUCCAGUUUGAGAUGGACCUCAACAAAGAAGCAAAAGCUCACAAAAACGGAGUCCCCGCUCCAGCCACCGUUCCCAGCGGCGAUGAGGGAGACGGCUGUUACAUUCAGGUCAGCAAGAGGCGCAAUACCAUGGAGAUGUCCACCCUGACACCGAGUGCCUGCACCAAGAUGGACCGAGCGCGGAUCAACAACUCCGAAGCCAAACUCAUGGCCAAGAAACGGGUGAUCCGGAUGCUCAUUGUCAUCGUGGCCAUGUUCUUCAUAUGCUGGAUGCCCAUUUUCGUAGCCAACACUUGGAAGGCCUUCGAUGAGUUGUCCGCUUUCAAUGCCCUGACGGGAGCGCCCAUCUCUUUCAUCCAUCUCCUGAGUUACACAUCAGCCUGCGUCAACCCUCUCAUCUACUGCUUCAUGAACAAGCGUUUCCGCAAGGCCUUUCUGGGCACGUUUGCCAACUGUAUCAAGCCGUGCCGCAGCUUCCGAGACGCAGAGGAAGAUAUAGCAGCCACGGGAGCUUCUCUCUCUAAAUUCAGCUAUACUACUGUUAGCAGCUUGGGCCCGCCCUGAAGACCACUUUCAUGACUUUCAUGACUUUUAUGGCUCUUUAUGUUCUCCUGUUCUUCGUGGUUAUGGUUUUCAUUUACGUAAAAAAGGAAGACAACAUCUUCAGGGCUGCUGGAGCCCACAGACCAUAAUAACCUCCUAUGGGCAUGUCCUCCUCUAUUCUGAGGAACUCAAAGCUGGGGGAAAUAAAGGUGUGUGUGUUCUUCAUAAUUACAUCCUCAAACAUUCCUGAGAAACCAUAAUCCGUGAGUGUUCUUCUCAGAUACAUGAUCCCACAGUCCUGAGAACCCAACAGUGACAUCUGUGUCCUCCUCUAUCCUGAGGAACUCAAAGCUGGAGGAACUAAAGUUGUGUGAGUUCUUCAUAAUGUCAUCCUCAAACAUUCCUGAGAAACCAUAAUCCUUGCGUGUUCUUCCCAGAUACAUGAUCCAACAGUCCUGAGAACCCAACAGUGACAUCUGUGUCCUCCUCUAUUCUGAGGAACUUAAAGCUGGAGGAACUAAAGUUGUGUGAGUUCUUCAUAAUGUCAUCCUCAAACAUUCCUGAGAAACCAUAAUCCUUGCGUGUUCUUCCCAGAUACAUGAUCCGACAGUCCUGAGAACCCAACAGUGACAUCUGUGUCCUCCUCUAUCCUGAGGAACUCAAAACUGGGGGAACUAAAGUUGUGUGUGUUCUUCAUAAUUACAUCCUCAAGCUAUCCUAAGAAACCAUAAUCCAUGAGUGUUCUUCCCAGAUACAUGAUCCCACAGUCCUGAGAACCCAUCAGCGACAUAUGUGUCCUCCUCUAUCCUGAGGAACUCAAAGCUGGAGGAGCUAAAGUUGUGUGAGUUCUUCAUAAUGUCAUCCUCAAACAUUCCUGAGAAACCAUAAUCCUUGUGUGUUCUUCCCAGAUACAUGAUCCCACAGUCCUGAGAACCCAACAGUGACAUCUGUGUCCUCCUCUAUCCUGAGGAACUCAAAACUGGGGGAACUAAAGUUGUGUGUGUUCUUCAUAAUUACAUCCUCAAACUAUCCUGAGAAACCAUAAUCCAUGAGUGUUCUUCCCAGAUACAUGAUCCCACAGUCCUGAGAACCCAUCAGCGACAUAUGUGUCCUCCUCUAUCCUGAGGAACUCAAAGCUGGAGGAAAUAAAGUUGUGUGAGUUCUUCAUAAUGUCAUCCUCAAACAUUCCUGAGAAACCAUAAUCCUUGUGUGUUCUUCCCAGAUACAUGAUCCCACAGUCCUGAAAACCCAACAGUGACAUAUGUGUCCUUCUCUAUCCUGAGGAACUCAAAGCUGGAGGAACUAAAGUUGUGUGAGAUCUUCAUAAUGUCAUCCUCAAACAUUCCUGAGAAACCAUAAUCCUUGUGUGUUCUUCCCAGAUACAUGAUCCCACAGUCCUGAAAACCCAACAGUGACAUAUGUGUCCUUCUCUAUCCUGAGGAACUCAAAGCUGGAGGAACUAAAGUUGUGUGAGAUCUUCAUAAUGUCAUCCUCAAACAUUCCUGAGAAACCAUAAUCCUUGUGUGUUCUUCCCAGAUACAUGAUCCCACAGUCCUGAGAACCCACCAGUGACAUAUGUGUCCUCCAUCUUUGCAUCCAGCUCAGAGGAAGAAGCCUCUACACCAUGGCUCCAUGAUCAAGCAGAGCUGAGGAACUGUAAACUCUGGGUGUUCUCCAAAGUUAUAUCGUCUCAGAAUUCUGGGAAAUUGUCACACGGUUCUGAGGAACAACAAGUUCUGUGGAUUCUCCAUAUUGGUGGGAAAUAUUCAGUUCUGGGAUAUCGUCAGCUCUAUGUUUAUUCCUUGUGCACAAACCAUACAGCUAUUCUGAGGGAACCUGCUCCACCCCAUGAGUAUAGUCCAUAUCAACUCCCUUCAUGCAAUUCUGAAGUUUUUUUUUAUCCAUCUUACAUAUCGUAUAUUCUUACAGGAACCUUGGGUUCUCCAUACAUGGAACCUCACAUUGUUUAAGGUUGGACAAUUUCAUGUUUUCAUUUCAUUUCAGUUGCCUGAUCCUGAAACUAAAUCUACCAUCCUUUCUAAUUAUUUCCUGGUAUUUAUAUAGUACUGACACAUUGUGCAGCACUUACAGAGAACAUUAUUCCCAUCAGUCCCUGCCCCAGUGAGCUUACAAUCUAAGGUCCCUAUCCCAUUCCCAUCAGUC